GGAGGGAAGGAGCUGCAGCUCAGAAACAAGGCUGGUGUGACCGUGAGCUCACCCGGCAAUCCUUUCUGGAGACAGGGAAGCUUUGACUUAUUUACGAACAUUUCAUUAAUUUUGCAUUAAUUUUUCCGUUUAUUUUAAAACGGACCUCCACCCACUUCUUUCAAGAACAAUACUAGGUCUGUGUAUGAUGACCAACCGAAUGCACACAAGAAGUUUAUGGAAAAAUUAGAUGCCUGUAUCCGUAAUCAUGACAAGGAAAUUGAAAAGAUGUGUAAUUUUCAUCAUCAGGGUUUUGUAGAUGCUAUUACAGAACUCCUUAAAGUAAGGACUGAUGCAGAAAAACUGAAGGUGCAAGUUACUGAUACCAACCGAAGGUUUCAAGAUGCUGGAAAAGAGGUAAUAAUCCAAACAGAAGAGAUUAUUCGAUGUAGAAUUCAGCAGAGGAAUAUUAUAACUGUAGUAGAAAAACUGCAGUUGUGCCUUCCAGUGCUAGAAAUGUACAGUAAGCUAAACGAACAGAUGAGUGCAAAAAGGUAUUAUUCUGCCCUAAAAACUAUGGAACAAUUAGAGAACGUGUACUUUCCCCGGGUUAGUCAAUACCGGUUUUGUCAGCUAAUGAUAGAAAAUCUUCCUAAACUUCGUGAGGCCAUUAAAGAAAUCUCCAUGUCUGAUCUCAAAGACUUUUUGGAAAGCAUUCGAAAACAUUCUGACAAAAUAGGUGAAACAGCAAUGAAACAGGCACAGCAGCAGAAAACCUUCAGUAUUGCUCUGCAGAAGCAAAACAAUGUGAAAUUUGGGAAAAAUAUGUAUAUAAAUCAUGAUAGAAUCCCAGAAGAAAGGAAUGAAAUUGUAUUGAAACAUGCACUUGAGGAAGAGGAUGAGAAUGAAGAGGAGGUCUUAACUGUUCAGGAUCUUGUUGAUUUUUCCCCUGUUUACCGAUGUUUACACAUUUAUUCUGUUUUGCAUGAAACAGUUGAUGGCUAUAGAAGAUAUUUCACUCAAAUUGUAGGAUUCUUUGUGGUGGAAGAUCACAUUUUACAUGUGACCCAAGGAUUAGUAACCAGGGCAUACACUGAUGAACUUUGGAACAUGGCCCUCUCAAAGAUAAUUGCUGUCCUUAGAGCUCAUUCAUCUUACUGCACUGAUCCUGAUCUUGUUCUGGAACUUAAGAAUCUCAUCGUAAUAUUUGCAGAUACUUUGCAGGGUUAUGGUUUUCCAGUGAACCGACUUUUUGACCUUUUAUUUGAAAUAAGAGAUCAAUACAAUGAAACACUGCUUAAGAAAUGGUCUGGAGUUUUCAGGGACAUUUUUGAAGAAGAUAAUUAUAGCCCCAUCCCUGUUGUCAAUGAAGAAGAAUAUAAAAUAGUCAUCAGUAAAUUUCCCUUUCAAGAUCCAGAGCUUGAAAAGCAGUCUUUCCCAAAGAAACUCCCCAUGUCUCAGUCAGUGCCUCAUAUUUACAUUCAAGUUAAAGAAUUUAUUUACGCCAGCCUUAAAUUUUCAGAGUCACUACACCGGAGCUCAACAGAAAUAGAUGAUAUGCUUAGGAAAUCAACAAAUCUUCUGCUGACCAGAACUUUGAAUAGCUGUUUACUGAAUCUUAUUAGAAAACCUCAUAUAGGUUUAACAGAGCUAGUGCAAAUCAUCAUAAACACAACACACCUGGAACAAGCUUGUAAAUACCUUGAGGACUUUAUAACUAACAUUACAAAUAUUUCUCAAGAAACUGUACAUACCACAAGACUUUAUGGACUUUCUACUUUUAAGGAUGCUCGACAUACAGCAGAAGGAGAAAUAUAUACCAAACUUAAUCAAAAAAUUGAUGAAUUUGUUCAGCUUGCCGAUUAUGACUGGACAAUGUCUGAGCCAGAUGGAAGAGCUAGUGGUUAUUUAAUGGAUCUUAUUAAUUUUUUGAGAAGUAUUUUUCAAGUGUUUACUCAUUUGCCUGGGAAAGUUGCCCAGACAGCUUGCAUGUCAGCCUGCCAGCAUCUGUCAACAUCCUUAAUGCAGAUGCUACUGGACAGUGAGUUAAAACAAAUAAGCAUGGGAGCUGUUCAGCAAUUUAACUUAGAUGUCAUACAAUGUGAAUUGUUUGCCAGCUCUGAGCCUGUGCCAGGAUUCCAGGGGGACACCCUGCAGCUAGCAUUUAUUGACCUCAGACAACUCCUUGAUCUGUUUAUGGUUUGGGAUUGGUCUACUUAUCUAGCUGAUUACGGACAGCCAGCUUCUAAGUACCUUCGGGUGAAUCCAAACACAGCCCUUACUCUUUUGGAGAAGAUGAAGGAUACUAGCAAAAAGAACAAUAUAUUUGCUCAGUUCAGGAAGAAUGAUCGAGACAAACAGAAGUUGAUAGAGACAGUUGUGAAACAGCUGAGAAGUUUGGUAAAUGGUAUGUCCCAGCACACAUAGACUUCACAUUGCUUGCACUCAGUGACACCAAAUCUGUGACUCAACAUUGAUCUCUAACAAGCACUGGUCAUGAUGCAGUAAUUUGUUUACAGAAUUCAAAAAUACAGAAGAGAAAGACACCAAUAAGGGUUUAAGCAAGAAAAAUAAAUAUUAUUUGUAUGGA